CAUGAAAGUUUAGGGCGCGAGAUACGAUUGUGUGUUGAAUUGUCAGCUGCAAGUCUGCGCCACAUACAAGCAUGGACCCGGCCUCCUGUAUGAAGAGCUUACUUCUAGCCAUAGCACAGUACAAGGGCAUCAAGAACGAGGCCAACGGGACUGCUGUACAGAGACAGCUGGAGGUUAUCUCUGGGCUGAAGUUAAACAAGUUAUUUGCUUCAAACCAAAUACUACCCAGUGAAUGUCUGAGCAGUCUUGUGGAACUUCUUGAAGACCCCAAUACCAGUCCUGCGAUAACACUGAAAACUGUUAACUUGCUCUCUAGUUUAGCUGCAGAUGCUGAGACAAGAGAAACUCUGCAUGCUACUUACAAUCUUACCAACGUUUUGGCUGGUGUGGUUCACAGAUAUAGCUCCAUCUUAAAUGAUCCAGUUUUAUUACAGAGCCUUCAGCUGUUACAACGGUUGACCUACAAUAUAAGAGUUUUACAUGCAAGUGUUAACAUCGAGGAACUGAUAUCCUUCUUGAUGAACAGAAUCCAGUCACCACAAGAUGAGCUAACCAUGCCUUGUCUGGGCCUUCUGGCAAACCUUUGUCGGCACAAUCUUUCUGUACAGUCAUACAUAAAAUCUUUGAAUAAUGUUAAAGCAUUCUAUCGUACAUUAAUCAGCUUCUUGGCCCACAGUAGCCUUACUGUGGUAGUAUUUGCACUUUCAGUACUGGCAAGCUUAACACUGAAUGAAGAAGUAGGUGAAAAGCUUUUUCAUUCCAGGAAUAUACAUCAGACAUUUCAGUUAAUAUUUAACAUUCUUGUAAAUGGAGAUGGGACAUUAACAAGAAAGUACUCUGUCGACCUUCUUAUGGAUCUGCUUAGGAACCCUAAAAUUGCUGAUUACCUGACAAGAUAUGAGCAUUUUAAUUCAUGUCUUAAUCAAGUCCUGGGACUUCUACAUGGAAAGGAUCCAGACUCUGCUUUUAAGGUCUUGGAAUUGCUGCUGGCUUUCUGUUCUGUGAAAAACUUGAGGCACAUUCUGCAACAAGCUAUAUUAGAGCAGUCUGCUCCAAGUGGAGGGAAUGGGAGACUGGGACCACGCACAAAAUCUCCAAAGCUUGCAGUAGCUCUUGUUCAUUGGUCAAGUCAUUCACUGGAAGCUCAUCAGAACUGUGCAGCAUUGGCUUUGGAGCUCUUCAAAGAAGUGCUUGCGGAUGCCAUUGAUGCAGGUACCAGCCAGGUGGCUGAGCGCUUUUUAGAACUUCUGCUUCCUGUUAUACUUGAUCAGCUGCUUGUGCCUGAUCAAACUUUGGAUGAAAUACUGACUAAGAAGAAAUGUGAAAGAACUGGGAAGGCAUUGGAUGUACUGAUCACUCUUUGUGGUGGUGGUGAUGAUGUAUUGAAAACUCGCAUUGCUAGGGCACUGGCUGUCAGCAGAUGUGUUGCAUUAGUAGACUAUGAGUUUACAUUCAUUGGCGUUGAUUCCAGCUUUGGUGCCAAAAUGGUGGACUCCGAGGUUUUCAAUGCUUCCACAGAUGUAAUUUUGAAAACUCUCAAUCUUAUGAGCAAGCUAAAGCAAUUGGUAACGAAUAUGGAAGCUGCUUUCUAUAAGAUACUACAGGACCAACGGUUGAUUACACCUCUCUCUUUCGCCCUAACGUCUGACAACAGAGAGCGAGUUCAAGUUGGCCUUCAGCUACUUUUUGAAGCUGCACCAUUACCGGACUUCCCUGCAGUUGUACUUGGGGAGAGCAUUGCAGCUAAUAAUGCCUACAUACAGCAAGAAAGUGAUCAUCCUACAAAAAGAUUUGGAAUGCAAGUCAUUGCAAGCAACUGUAGAUCAUCACAGAUAUCAAAUUUGAACAGUGUAGAUAUAUCUUCCUCUAACAUCCAGGAUCUCAUACAAAAGCUACAAACAGGAAUGGAGAUGAAGGAACGAGUUAAUGAUGUGAGGAUUUCUGAUAUCAUGGAUGUUUAUGAACAAAAGCUUUCGGCAUUAGCAUCUAAGGAAAGCAGGCUGCAGGACUUAUUGGAAGCAAAGGCACUAGCCCUUGCACAAGCAGACAGACUGAUUGCACAGUACCGGUGUCAAAGAGCACAAGCUGAAGCAGAGGCAAGAAAGCUUGCUACACUGCUGAAGGAGGCAGAGAGGAAGAACGAGGAGCUGAGCUUACUCUUAAAGUCUCAGCAGUUGGAGUCAGAACGUGCCAAGAGUGACAUUGAGCAGUUAUUCCAGCACAGCAAGAAGUUGCAAGCAGUGGCCGAAGAGCAUGAAACACUGAAAGUCUCCUAUGCUGAUCAUAUAAUGAAGUAUGAACUCUGUGAAAUGCAGUUUAAAGACUUACAGGUAUCAUACAACACCUUAAAUAAGCAAGCUGAAACCAUGAAAAAACUAAAUGAUUCCCUCAAGAUUCAAAAUGAAAAGACAGUGGCCCAGCUAGAAGACACCGAAAACCAGAGAAAAGACUUGGCUAAGCAACUGCAAGACCGAGACAGUAAAAUUCUAAAUUUCCAACAAAAGGUAAAGGGGCUAGAGGAGAAGGUUAAGUUAAAGCAAAAGGAGAAAGAAGAUAUGGAAGAAACCAUUGACAUACUUCGUAAAGAGCUGAGUAAAACUGAACAAGCAAGGAAGGAACUGAGUAUUAAGGCAUCUUCACUAGAAGUUCACAAAACACAGUUGGAAGCACGUCUUGAGGAAAAGGAGGCAAUUCUGAAAGGCCAACAGGAAGAGCUGAGCAAGCAUUCACACAUGAUUGCUAUGAUACACAGCCUUAGCAGUGGCAAACUUGGUGCAGGCAAUGUGAACCUCAGCUUGUAGGACUUAUUUCCGCUAAGCAGCAUCUCCAAAUGAACUUUUUUGUACAGUAAGCUUAGGGUUCAGCUAGUGAUACCCUAAGUGUAGAAUGA